AUGUCACGCAAGUCCAAUGGCACACCUGUUGAAACUGUCAACAGAAAUAAUCUGCUUGCACUCGCCGAGGACAUUACUCAAAAGACUAAAGACAUUACAGAGUACCUGCAAGCCAACGGAUAUUCCCAACCCACCCUUUCAACCGACUCUGUUGGGCACCCCGAGACGGUCGAAUAUGUUGUGCUAUACGGAAAGCUCAAAAGAUCCCUUGAAGAUCUGAAGUACCUUGCUGAAGGUCCCAAGAGACACUUCCGUGAGCUUUGCUGCCAGGGAUACGAGCUUGCGGCAAUCCAAGUGGCUUUAGAAUUUAAUUUCUUCGAGAUCGUUCCCCUAGCAGGUCAAAUCUCGAUUGAGGCCUUGGCAGAAAAAGCCGGUGUUGAUCUUGAUCGGACACGCCGUGUUGUCCGUCUUUUAGUGACAGAAUUCAUCUUCCAAGAGCCAACUCCAGGAUAUAUUGCGCACAACUCGAGUUCCUAUCUCCUGCACGUGGAUGAGGAAAUCCGUUCAACACUGCAUUACACCCUGGACGAAAUGCUCAAGGCUGCCUCGGCCACUGCUGAUAACGUGAAGGCAUCGCCACUCAAGUACGACAGCGCUCUUACCCCAUUCACCACACGGCAUGGCAUUCCCAUCUUCCAAUUCUAUGAAAAAGAUACCCAACGAUCCAUUCGUUUUGCCAAAGCCAUGGCUGGAUGGUCAAAAUUGAAUCUCAACAUCAAUGCACUCAAAGAAGCAUUUCCGUGGAAUGAGCUCAAGGGCACUGUUGUGGAUGUUGGCGGUGGAAGUGGCAAGGUCUCAAUCACUCUAGCCCAGAGCUUCCCUGACCUCAAAUUUAUUGUUCAAGACUCGGUCGACAUGCAUGUGGCCGGGCAGUCGCUUCUGACUGAUGAAACCAGAGAUCGGGUCUCUUUCAUGCAGCACAGCUUUUUCGACCCACAGCCAGUUGGGAAUGCCGCGGCAUUUAUUUUACGUGCAUGUGCGUUGAAUUGGAGUGAUCGCGAUGUUGCCACCAUGUUCCGUUCGUUAGUGCCGGGGCUUGAGCGCUCGGAGCCUACCACACCCCUACUUAUCAAUGAUCUUGUCUUGCCUCCACAGGGAACACUGACGCGCGAUUUCGAGCGUGGCUUGCGUCAAAUAGACCUUAUAAUGCUGGUGGGCUUUGGCGGCAAGCUACGUACUCAGUCAGAAUUUGCUGCACUGUUGAAGGAAGCGGACGAGCGGUAUGAGAUUCGUAACUUUUACCCUGAAGGAUUGAUGGGUCUGCUUGAGGUCUAUUUGCGGCACUAG